AUAACCUAAAAAGUAAUUCAGGUCAAGCGAGUUCGUCACCAAGCUAAAGCUUCAGUAUCAAUUGUACAUCAUAACCGUUCGACAAUCAGCCUUUUUACGUCGAUAAAGAUGAACUGGAAGGAAGCGAAGUCAUUUUAUUUGUCUAUGCCAAAAAUAAUAAAACGUACGGAAUACGAUUGUGGCAAUGAAUUCAAAACCGUGAAUGAUAUAGUCGACUGGGGCAUAUAUGUUCGGACUGAUGAAGGUAGAACUAGAUUAGAGGCAUAUUUUGCCGAGAAAGAAGCUUACUUAAAGAAUAAGAAGACCCAGACCGAUGCAUCAGUGACCAGCAAGAAGGACGCCUUGGAUGAAAAUAAAGGAGUCGACAAAUUGUUGGCACGCGCAGAUGGUGCGAAAAUGGAGGUCAAACGAACGAGUAAAGCUGGCGAUCAAUCAACGGCUGAUGAAGUUCCCGCAAAAAUAGUGAAGGCUAUGAGAGAAACGUCAAGCACCGAUGAAAGUUCAGGAUCAGGAGAAUGUCAAGCUGGUGACGGAUCAAAGACCACCAAGGAAUCGGUAAAAAUGGAAAUGGAGUCUGUCAGAGAAACGGCAAGCCCUGAUGGAAGUUCAGAAAGUGAAUCAACGACCACCGAAGAUACUGUAAAAACGGAGGUGGAGGUUAAAAACGAAAGGAUAAGCACUCUAAGUAAAGCUACCGAUAAAUCAACCACCACCGACGAUGUCGCAAAAAUGGCAAACGCUGGUGAAGGUGAACCUAGCACAUCAUCUAAAGCUGUCGUCGCUGCUCAACCGAAAACCGAAAAGAAAUUUCCAAAAAAUGAUGUCGUGAAUAGCAAGGUAUCAUUGUUCAUCGGGGACAUAACUUUCCUUGAAAUCGAUGCAAUCGUAAACGCUGCUAAUACCGUUUUGCUUUGUGGCGGAGGCGUUGAUAAGGCGAUUCACCUCGCAGCUGGCUACGACCAUCUCCGAGCUGAAUGUGCGGCAUUGAAAGAUUGUAAGAUUGGCGAUGCGAAAAUUACUGGUGGCUAUAAACUACCGGCAAAAUAUAUCAUACACGCUGUCGGACCAAAGGGCGAAUUUCCUGAUGAGUUGAGAAGUUCCUACAAAAAAUCAAUGGAUUUGCUAAAGGAACAUGAAUUGGAAACGAUUGCAUUUCCUUGCAUAUCAACCGGCGUUUUUGAAUAUAGAAAUGAGGAAGCUGCUAUGGUUGCAUUGGAAACGAUCCGAAAUUGGUUGGACGAAGACGAGUACGCUGCCAAAGUUAAGCGAGUAAUUUUUUGUUUGUUUCUUCAAGAUGAUAUCGACAUCUAUCACAAACUGAUGCCAAAGUAUUUUCCAUUCGAGUAAACAGUUUGGUGUAAACAGAUAAUUUACUUGCUCAAUAAAAGGCACUGAUAUGAACAUAA